AUAAGGGGCGCUUGGCGCGCAACGACCCUAAGCAGCAGCUUUGAAGCGAGAGCUACUGAAGUCGGCAGCUCAAACCCAACUCGGUUUAAGUCAGCCUUUCCAACCUGACUGGAGAUUCUCAGCUCCCUGUGCUAGUCACAGCUCUCUGAAUGCUGUGGCAGGCACUUCGCAGAUUUGGUCGAAAGCUGGUACGGAGACGUACACUGGAGCCAGGCAUGAAUGAGACUCGCCUUGCCAGAUGCCUGAGCACUCUGGACUUAGUGGCCCUGGGUGUGGGCAGCACAUUGGGUGCAGGUGUAUAUGUCCUGGCUGGUGAGGUCGCCAAAGAUAAAGCAGGACCAUCUAUUGUGAUCUCCUUUUUGGUGGCUGCUCUGUCUUCUGUGUUGGCUGGGCUGUGCUAUGCCGAGUUUGGUGCCCGGGUUCCCCGUUCUGGUUCUGCUUAUCUCUACAGCUAUGUCACUGUUGGUGAACUCUGGGCCUUCACCACUGGCUGGAAUCUCAUCCUCUCCUACGUCAUUGGUACAGCCAGUGUGGCCCGUGCCUGGAGCUCUGCUUUUGACAACCUGAUUGGGAACCACAUCUCUCAGACUCUAAAGGGGUCCAUCUCACUGCAUGUGCCCCAUUUCCUUGCAGAAUAUCCAGAUUUCUUUGCUUUGGGCCUUGUGUUGCUGCUCACUGGAUUGCUGGCUCUGGGGGCUAGUGAAUCAGCCCUGGUUACCAAAGUGUUCACAGGGGUGAACCUUUUGGUUCUUGGUUUUAUCAUCGUCUCUGGCUUCAUUAAGGGAGACCUACACAACUGGAGGCUCAAUGAAGAAGACUAUGAAUUGACCAAGGCUGGACUCAAUGACACCAAUAGCUUGGGCCCUCUGGGCUCUGGAGGAUUUGUGCCAUUUGGCAUCCAGGGGAUUCUCCGGGGAGCUGCUACCUGUUUCUAUGCGUUUGUUGGUUUCGACUGUAUUGCUACCACCGGGGAAGAGGCCCAAAAUCCACAGCGUUCCAUCCCCAUGAGCAUUGUGAUCUCACUGUUUGUCUGCUUUUUGGCGUACUUUGGUGUCUCUUCGGCACUCACCCUCAUGAUGCCUUACUACCAACUCCAGCCUGAAAGCCCUUUGCCUGAGGCUUUUCUCCAUGUUGGAUGGGCUCCUGCCCGCUAUGUUGUGGCUGUUGGCUCCCUCUGUGCUCUUUCUACGAGCCUCUUGGGCUCUAUGUUCCCCAUGCCUCGGGUGAUCUAUGCAAUGGCAGAGGAUGGUCUCCUAUUCCGUGUCCUGGCUAGGAUCCACACCGGCACUCAUACCCCCAUCAUGGCCACUGUGGUCUCUGGCAUUAUUGCAGCAUUCAUGGCAUUCCUCUUUGAACUCACUGAUCUUGUGGACCUCAUGUCAAUUGGGACCCUGCUUGCUUACUCCCUGGUGUCCAUUUGUGUUCUCAUCCUCAGGUAUCAGCCUGACCAGGAAAUGAAGCCUGGGGAAGAGGAAGUGGAGUUGCAGGAGGAGAAGGUUCCUGAAGCAGAGAAACUGACCCUCCAGGCACUGUUUUGCCCACUCAAUUCUGACCCUACUCCACUCUCUGGCCAAGUUGUUUAUGUUUGUUCCUCAUUACUUGCUCUACUGCUGACUGUCCUUUGCCUGGUGCCAUUUCCACUGCUUUCUGGAGACCCAGUGUGGGUGGCAGUGGUUGUACUCCUUCUGUUGCUUAUUACUGGAACGACUAUGGUUAUCUGUAGACAGCCACAGAACUCCAGUCCCCUUCACUUUAAGGUGCCUGCUGUGCCUUUCCUCCCACUAGUGAGCAUCUUUGUGAAUGUUUACCUUAUGAUGCAGAUGACAGCUGGUACCUGGGCCCGAUUUGGGGUCUGGAUGCUGAUUGGGUUUGCUAUCUACUUCAGCUAUGGAAUCCAGCACAGCCUGGAAGAAGUUAAGCCUGACCAACCCAUAUGCAAAUCAAGGGCCAAAACUGUAGACCUUGAUCUCAGCAAUUCAUGUGUCCACCAAUUUUGACAUAAUUACAACCAAGUGCUGGCUGGCCCCCCCCCUGCACAAUAAUGGAGAGUACUCUUGAUCCCAUGGAGAGCCAACCCUCCCAUAUAAUGUUGGUGGGGGUUACUAAUACAGCUCUGUAUUUAUUGUGGAGUGAAGGAUGUGUCUUUGCUGUUUCUCAUAUUUUUUUUUACUUGUCUACUUUUAAAUGGUCUCUGUAGUUGCUUACUGGCUUUAAAAAAUAUUAUUAAAAGAAA